UCUUACUUCUGUGGAAAUACUGUGUCUAUAUUGUCGGAUUCAAGGGUUAAAAUCGCUGUUUCUGCUCCCUGAACAUAAGGGGAAGCUUGACUAUGGCCGGUUUUGAGGAAAACCCCUUCGCUGGGGACUCAGAAAAUCCAUUCGCUGAUCCAUCGGUUGCUUCAGUUACGAAUAAUGCCUCCAAAGGACUGGAAGAUUUCAAUCCAUUUGCGGACGCGAACACAGCUCAACCAACAGGAGCAAAGCCAAAGACAACACCAGCUGUCCAACCCCCUCCUCCACCACCACCCACAGCACCACCCCCUUCUUCCUCUCAGCCAGCUGUGCUUCCGACCAGAGAAGAACCUCCACCUUAUGUGAUUGAAGAAGAAGCAGAAAAUUUACGGAAAAGGCAAGAGGAUUUAGAACGUAAAGCAGCAGAACUUCAAAGGAAAGAACAAGAGUUACAACGAAUGCAAUUUGGAGGUUAUAGGGAAAACAAUUUCCCUCCUCUCCCCAAAAAAUGUCCUUGUAGGCCAUGUUUCUUUCAGGAUAUCAGCAUUGAUAUUCCCAUUGACUACCAGAAGACUUGUAGAAUGGUCUACAUCAGGUGGCAAGUGUACAGUUUUACGAUGUUUUUCAACUUCCUUGCUGCAUUUGCCAUGCUUGUGAAAGGUGCUGAGCCAAUACAUGACGGCCAAACAUUUGGAAUAUCAAUACUCUACUUAGUGGCAAAUGUUCCUUUUUCAUUUCUUGGUUGGUACCGGCCAUGCUAUAAUGCUCUGAAGAACGACAGCUCCUUCAGCUAUGUAAUAUUCUUUCUCAUUUACUUUCUUCACAUAGCUCUUAAUAUAUUUUACACCCUUGGUAUUCCUGGUGGUGGAACUUGUGGUUUUAUCAACGCAACUCAAGUAGUUCACAACAGUGUACCUGUAGGAGCCAUGAUGUUCACAACAGGAGUAUUGUUGUUAGUUGGUGUUAUUGUAGAUAUUUUCCUCCUUAUGAAGGUCCAUAGGAUCUACCGUAUGGCUGGUGCCAGUUUCGAGAAGGCACAGGGUGAGUUCGCAAGUGGUAUGGCCUCCAAUCCACAUGUUCAGAGUGCAGCAACCAGUGUCGCAGCUGCUGGAGUGCGAAGUGCCAUGACCAACCAGAAGUGAGCAGUACUGGAAGUGGAGAAAGGAGGAGUCAGGAAAUCACAAUUUACACAUGUUAGAAGAAAUGCAUAAUAACAGGCUCUGUAUGGAUGUGUUUUGCCUAUACAUUGAUGUUCUUGUAUUUUCUUACCUCUUUACAUUUGUAGUACAAUUUUUUUUCCUGUAAGUAUGAGGAAUUAUGGUGCCACUUUAUUUGCUUUUGAAGGCAUCAUUUUUAGUUGUAUCAGUAGGAUUUAAACAAGCGAUAAAAAAAUGAAUCCAAUUUCCCAUAAUGAGUCAGUAGCUUUGUUUCAGUUUCCAGUAUUCAGUGAGACCAAAAUUGGUGGAACUAAAGUCCUUGUUUAUAAAAGUUUUGUAGUCUUUUUUCAGUAAAGGGGUACUUUAAACCGUACCUUUAAGUAACCUUGUUAAAGAUGACAUGGAAGAAAGCAAAACUGAGAAGAGCCUGUGGGCAAGAAGUGCCGUUAGCUGGUAUCAGCCCUGUGUAAGGCCAUUGUAGUGAAGGGGAAAAAGGAAUUGGGAGCUGUGAGAAUAGGGGUGGGCAAGAAAGAAGAUACGUUAGUUUUGUGUUCACUUUGUCUGCAGUAUUUUGUAAUGAAGGGGAAAGAGAGGCAUUCCAGUGAAGGAGAUGGAGACUGGGAAACAAUUCUCACCCUCCUCAUUCCCACCCCUCCACCAACUUGCAGCUUGAACCAUGUGACCUUUUAUCAGGCUUAAUUUUAAUUCUUGGUGUUAAACAAAGUCCUCUCUGUAUCAAAAUACUUUGUAUGUAAUAAAAAUGAAAUAUCAGUAAUCUAGAUUCACAGAACACAAUCAUUUUGCCAAUGAAAGAUGGGAAAGGGCACUGAUGAACUCAUUAAUGGCAGGAGUAACCGAUAUUCGUUCAUGUACAUGCUAAGAAGCCUUCCUGGUCUUGUUGGUAGAGUCAAAAGUAAAGUUUUUACUCCAAAGGGGCUGAUAAAGAGACACAUAAAAGAUAGAGGUGUACUGCAUCUUAAAAUAAAUCAAGCAUGAGGAGAAAUGCUCCUAAGAUUAAAUAUUGGCCUCAAACUGUUAACAUUGUGGUCUGGGUUUACAUUUGUGGUAGUGGAAUGAAUCAGCUGAUUAAUAGAGGUAAUAGAAGGUUGCAAUAAUACCCAGUUUGGGGUGGACUUGCCUUUUGUUUCCUUGUCUCAUUUUGCAUCCUACAUCAGUGAACUGUUGUAUAUGUAGUAAUACUUUGCAUUUCAAAGUUGAUAGGUUUUCAUUCAUCUGACUUAAGUUUUUAGGAACUAUUGAAAAGUGAAUACAAGGAAAAAAGUUUGUUCUUUUUAAGUUUUUUUUUUCAAUGGACUGCUACAUGUAACGGGGAACUCUAAAGUUUUGUUUUAUGUUGAACACAAAUUUCUCAAUAAGAGCACAAACAGUGGGGUGUCUCAUGCAAAGUCACUACAUGGCAGUAAUCUCUCUCCACUUCUCAAAUCAGUAGUGUUAUAACCAGUGCACUUGUAAAUGCCAAGUUACAUAAUACAGCUGAUAGACGUUAGUCAGAACAGAAAUAAGUGUUUGGCUUCCAUGUGCAUUUACCCAGCUACUGAUAAAGCAACCCAUUGAAUUGUUAUAUUAUAGAAAGUAGGGGUGGCAUGGAUUGUCAUCUUUCGUGUGUAAAUUGUACACUCCAUUUAUAGUUAUAGCUGAUGUUUAAACAGAUGUAAGUGAUUAAUUAAAACAAGAGGUUCUUCUACAAGA